ACAUUUGAUGAUUCGGGUGCUCAUUUCGCUUACAGUUAUGGCUUCUGUGCUUCAUGCUGAGCCAACUGUCGUUGUUGUUGGAGGUGGGCUCGCCGGGCUGUCUGCUUCACUGGAUAUUAUCAAUGGAGGUGGACGUGUGAUUUUGGUAGAGGGAGAGGGAAAUACUGGUGGAAAUUCAGCGAAGGCAUCCAGCGGAAUCAACGGUGCUGGAACCGAAACUCAGGAGAAACUGGGAAUCAAAGAUUCGCCGGAACUUCUUGUCAAGGACACUCUGAGUGCAGGAGACUCUGAAAAUGACAAGAAACUUGUGGAAAUUCUGGCUGCUAAUUCAGCAGAUGCUGUUGAAUUUCUGCGUGGAGUUGAAGUGGAUCUGACUGAUGUGAAUCUAUGUGGUGGGCAUUCUGUACCACGUACUCAUUGGAUUCCAUCUCCAAAGGAAGGACGACCAAUACCAGCUGGUUUCGAAAUUAUGAAGAGAUUGAGAACAAGGCUUAAUGAGAAGCAAUCGGAGAAUCCAGAAGCCUUCAAGCUUUUGACUCAGACUAAAAUGGUUGGAAUUUUGAGAGAAAAUGGAAAAGUAUCGGGAAUCGAGAUUGUAACAUCAGCUUCUGGAGAGAAAUCAAAGAUCAUCGGAGACGCUGUAAUCCUUGCAACCGGUGGAUUCUCUGCUGAUGAAACUUUGCUCAAGGAAUUUGGAGCUGAAAUAUUCGGAUUCCCAACAACAAAUGGAGCAUUCGCUAAAGGAGAUGGUGUGAAAAUUGCGAGAGCUCUUGGAGCAAAGAUUAUUGGAAUGGAAAAUAUUCAGAUUCAUCCUACAGCGUUUGUAGAUCCAAAAGAUCCAUCAGCAGGAACAAAGUUCCUGGCGGCUGAGGCUAUUCGUGGAAAAGGAGCUCUGCUUAUUAACUCAAAGGGACAAAGAUUUGGAAAUGAGUUGGGAAGACGCGAUUAUUUAACUGGAAAGAUUCUUGAGCUCGCUGAGCCAAUUGAAGAGAGUUUCCAAGGAGGAUCUGCUGGAAGAAAUGCGGCGAUUAUGAUUAUGAAUGAAGCAAAUGUUGAGGCUUUUGGCAGACCUGCUUUCAAUUUUUAUUCGAUUGUUAAGAAAUUCUUUGCGAAAUACGAGAACUCCGCGGAGCUUGCAAAGGCUUUGGGUAUCGACGAAUCAGCUAUUAAAACCACUUUGGAGGAAUAUCAGAAGAGUUUUGAUGGAAAAUCUGAAGAUCCUUUCGGCAAAAAGGUGUUCCCAGUGUCUGCAAUCUCUCCGACUGAGCCAAUCUACGCAGCAAUCGUCGUCCCAGCAAUCCACUACACCAUGGGUGGCCUGAAAAUCGACGAGGCCACCCGCGUCAUCGAUGAGCAUGGCAAGCCAAUUGUCGGCCUUUUUGCCGCUGGAGAAGUCACUGGCGGAGUUCAUGGUUCCAAUCGAUUGGCUGGAAAUUCCCUGCUUGAAUGUGUGGUGUUUGGCAGAAUUGCUGGAAAAUCUGCGGCUCAAUCUGCUGCGGAGACUCGUACCGAGCUCUAAUUCGAAUAUUUUUACAGAAAAAACUCAGUUUUGUGGCUCAAUUCUACAGUAUAAUUCAGAAAUUUUCAGUUAAAAAAAACAUUUUUUCGCGAUCCGGGAUUCCCGGACCCCUGUAGAUAAUGAUUCAUUUACUAGUUCCAACCAACUUUAUAUGUUUUUAUUAUAUCUACUACUCUAUUCAGCAUUUUUAUUUUUCUUGUGAUUUGCAUCUUUAUGGGUUCUUCUACACAUAUAUUUAUUUCUCAUUUUCUCUUCAUUUUCACACUCUCUCGUAUUUAUCGUGUUUCCUUCUUCGUAUUGUGGUGUGUUUUUGGGUAAUAAAUGUGUUUUAUUUUCAG